CAUGGCUGGGGGCACCUUUACCUCUUUUACCUAUGUAAGAACUUUGAUGGCUUGUCAGUUGUGUUCUGUGCCUUAGCAAGACAAUAAUAGAUUCUUGUUUUUCAAUUAAACAAACUUGUGUAUUUUAUCAAUAAGUGUUUGGUUGACAGCGCGGUUUACAAGGUUUGCUCAAGUUGGCUGUGAAAUUGGAUUAUUUAAGUGAUUAAAAUGUUUUAGAAUAUUUUCGGACAUUGAACUUAACCUCAAGUGGUCACCUUUGAUUGCAAAAUUGGACAUUAAUACAUCAAAGGAUGUCUUGAAUGGAUGUUUAAUUUCUUUGCAUGAGAUCUUGGCGAAAAAGCAACAUAAGCAAAUGAUGACUGACAUAUGCAAAUGAAUAACUAGGGACAGUCAAUCAUCAGAUGACAGAGGACUCGUUGCAGUGUCUACGAAUUUGAUUGUCCAUAGAAGUAAUACUCUGACCAAGGGAGACAAACCAUAAACUUACCAAGGGAGACUAUCUACUAUUCACCAAUGAGUUAUGUGGCUUAGUAACAAUGUUGAAAAUGGCGUGUCUGCGGCAACUGUUGCUAGUGGUGAUCACAGUCAACGCCUUUUGGGAAGUUGCAUCUGUUGACUACGAAGAUGAGGACUUGUUUCGCAACGCUCCAAAUCUUCGACAUUCCGGCCAAUCUCCACCGGGCGGCAAUCCCCGGAUAAAAGAACACCCCCAGGACGAGUUUUUCGCCAAGAGCGAGCCGGCAGCAUUGAGUUGCACUGCAGAGGGCACACCAGAACCCACAAUCACGUGGUACCGCAAUGGUGAGCUCGUUCGAACAACGCGGGAUGACAUCAGCUCACAUCGCAUGCUGCUCGACAACGGUCAGCUGUUCUUCCUGCGGGUUAUCCACACCAAGAGCAGCCAGGAUGAUGUUGGCGUGUACUACUGCAACGCCACCAACAUCCAUGGUUCUGCCAUCAGCGACUCUGCCAAUGUUCAGAUUGCCGUCUUAAAAGACAAGUUCAUAACCGAGCCAACUGACACAACAUCGGCGGUGGGGCAGAGCGUGACCUUGCACUGCAAUCCGCCUAGGGGAAAACCCGACCCAAAGGUAAUUUGGCGCAAGGAUGGGAUGGCCAUACAGACAGAUGCACGCGUGCACAUCACGGAGUCCGGAAACCUGGACAUAUAUUCGGUAAAGAAGACAGACAUUGGGGAGUACAUGUGUGUGGCCAUCAACAAGGCUGGGGACCGGCACAGUGCCCCAGCAAAGCUACGUGUGCUAGAUAUCCCAGAGUUCCAAAAGCUGCCUAAAGAUGUCACCGUUGAAGAGGGUAAUGUUGCAGAGUUUUACUGCAAUGUUAGUGGAGAUCCACCAAUCAAAGUUCAGUGGAGCAAACAGGAUGGCACCAUCAGUUUUGGAAGGGCACGCAUACUUGCAGACCACACAUUACGUAUUGAGCAGGUGGAACCCGAGGAUGAGGGAGUGUACGUCUGUUCAGCAGAGAACGCAGCAGGGUCCACAAAAGCCAGCGCACGACUUUUUGUCUUUUCGUCGCCGCGGUUCCUGAUGAAACCGCAGGACCAGGUAGUCGCGAGGGGCCGCAAUGUCUCCCUGCAGUGCUACACGACUGGAAACCCGUCACCCACCAUCUUCUGGAGCAAGGACGGAAAGAACUUGAUGUUUUCCCGCAUGGGCUCUGGUAACCACAUGGUGGCAGAGGACGGGACAUUGAGAAUAUUUACCGUCAACGAUUCUGACUCUGGCGUGUACACGUGUGAAGCCCUAAACAAGAAAGGAUCUGUAACUGCGUCUGCGAGUGUCAGAGUUAUCACGCCCAGUUCCUUCAAUGUUCUAGCAAAGGACCUGCGACCUCCACCCAUAAUCAAGCUGGGCCCUGAUAACCAGACACUUGGAGCCGGUUCUGUGGCGCUGAUGCGCUGCACCUCUGACGGGAAACCGGAACCUGUCAUAAGAUGGUAUCGCGACAACCGGCCUCUGCUGAUGGCUGACUCAAGAAUCACCAUUGUAGCCAGCGGCUCCUUGCGGAUUUCAGAUCUGCGUGUGCAGGACUCAGCCAAGUACACUUGCAAGGCAGUCAGUGAGACAGGGGAGACAACUUGGGAGGCAUUCCUCUUGGUCACAACUGAAACAACACCUAAUUUCCCGGUGCGAACAUCGUCUGUCUCAUUUCUCCCUGACGCCCCAUCCAAGCCCGUGGUCAGUGAUGUCACAGACACCACGGCUCAUCUGUCGUGGACCCCAGGGACAAAGUCCCAGCCACGACCUGUACAAAAGUUCUAUGUGGAAUAUUACGGUUUUGACACAACUGAGAGUUGGGUGACUGCCAGUCGGGAUGUUGUCACGGACAGUUUCACCAUACACCAGCUGCGACCCAAUUCCUCCUACACAUUCCUGGUUCGAGCCGUCAACUCUGAGGGUGUUGGGUUUCCCAGCCAACCUUCUGAUCCAAUCAGGACACUUGGUCACGCUCUAGAGCGGACUGGUGACCUGACAGAUGAGGAGAUCAAGUCUGUCCUCAACAGCAACAUUGUGGAGCUGGUGAACACCCAGUCCAUCAACUCCUCUGUCAUCAGUCUCAUUUGGAGGAUCAAGCAAGGCGAGGACAUCAUCGACGGCUACCAGAUAGAGUACAAGCACAUCCUGGACAUUCGGCGGUUGGAGUAUGGUGACCCCCAGAUGAUCCGGGUCCCCCCCAUCGUGACUCGGUACCUCGUCACAGGGCUGCUUCCGUACAGCUGGUACGAGUUGCGGGUGCGGGCAUACUCCGGCACCAUCGUGUCCUGGUAUAGCAGCCCGGUGAAAGUGCAGACAGAGCAGACUUAUCAAUCUGGAGCACCAGAAAAUGUCGCUAUCCGUAAACUUGGAGAUAAAAGCAUCUCUGUUGUAUGGUCGCCACCAUCAUCACGCAGGGGGGACAACUCAAUUAUUGCAUACAAGGUGUCCUGUGUCAGCACCGACCAUACAGAUAACCGCUCCACAGCGACGAGUGGACGAACAAACAACGCCAUCAUUGACAACCUCCACCCAGAUAAGGACUACUUUGUGAAAGUGGCCGCAGAGACAAUCGUUGGCAUUGGCAGUUGGAGCCAGCAAUUUGUGUUUGAUGGGCAACAAGUAUUCCCUGUAGACGAGUAUCGUGCUGCCUCCACACUGAAACCCGUGGCGCAAGAAGAGUCGACAGACGGCGACCUAUUCAAGAAGACCUGGUUUGUUGGCCUGCUCAUUGGGGUGGGUGGGGUAAUGCUGUGGGUCCUGCUGUGCGCGUUCUCCGUAUGGCUGUGCCGCCGCAAGAGACAGCGCAAGAAGAUGAAGGACCAGAAGUACUACCCAGGAGUGUCCCAGUUCAAGGGGGAUGAAUGCAACAAGAACUUCUAUCCACCUCAGUAUGGCUUCAAGGAAGGCAAUAGAACCAAUGAGUUGGUUCUGCCGCCAGAGUUGCGGGUCUUGUUGCCUGGGCAGACAAAGAAGGAGCCAGAACUCAAGGAAGACGUCGUUGGGUACAAGAUGGCGGGCAGUGGGGGCGGCAGUUUUAAUGAGAAGUCGUUCUAUCCGAUGGACACGGUGGCUCCGUAUGCAACCACAGCCUUGAUUCAGCAGCAGCAUCUUAUGAAGCAGCGGCAACAGCAACAAAGGCAGGACCACAUGUUCCGUCCGAUCAACCAGGGCUACAUACAGCACAGCGAUGGGUCAGGGGACAGCUGCCACAAGGGCCUGCAAGCCUCAGACCAUGACCACAGCGGUCACUCCACCACUGACCAUAACCAUAGCGACCACAUGAGCCCCACCAGCGAUAGUGGAAGUCACUCCACGGCCGACGAAAACAACAUGCUCAUCAAGCAAAAGAGGAAGCCUAGUGGCAAGCGCGACAAUGUCUCCCAGAUGCAACACCAGCAAGUGGCCCUGAACUGGUCGGACAUGCUCCCUCCUCCCCCCGAGCACCCCCCUCCCAGUGAGUGCGGAGAUCCCCUCUACCACGAGAUCAGGGGGGAACCCCGUAGCACGUCCAGGUCCAGAAGUCCAAUGUCCCCUGUUUCGUUUUCGCAACUAUCUGCCUGUUCUUGUCCCAACCCUCAUACGCAGACCCCUGUCUCCGGAUGGAACAUGCCCCUGUAUUCGGACACGGAAUGCCCCAGAUGCCACUCUGAAAAGUAUUACGAUCCUAUGACUUACUGUCAGGAGCCGUACAUUGGUUCUCGGAGAACCAAUUCUCCCCGGACUCAGUUAAUGCAACAGCAACAAGCAAACGCUAGAAAUAUACCAAAUAAUGGAAACGUUAGUGUACAUAGUUGCUCUUCACCGCGAGUUACACCUUGUGGUAGUGUUCAUUACCAGUACUCACAGCCUCAUGUGAGGGGCUUCCCACCGCAAAACUGUGCUACCCCACAUCAAGCAGGGGACAAUAAAAACAAUUUCACAAACAAUGUGAGCAAUGUGAAUCGAGCUUCACAUAGCUCCCACAGUGACAAUGAGGUGCAGGGCUUGAUGCCGUGUCUGCAGUCGUACCGCAUCACGUCCAAAGAGGAGAAGGACCCCCGUUAUUUCCCACGGGAAAAGUGGGGCCCAGACCCUGCACCGCCGUUUUGUGAGCAGGUGUCCAGUAUGGGCCUUGGAGGAGGAAGGAACUGGGCACGGUGGAUUUGACAAGAGGGGACUGAUGUGCUCCAGCAGCCAUGCAGCCUACCCACAACGUGUCUGUGAUUCGCCAAACUCAGAGGAGGCAGACUAUGCCACAGAGUCUGAUAUGGAGCAGUCACAUGACCAAAACACCAGUUUCACAGUGGAUACAGACCAGAAC